AUGUCUUCUUUCACGAAGGCCGGCUUGCAGACUCUGGCGACCACCUACGAGGGUGGACCCGCUCAGCAGUCCGAUGAGCAUGGCGCUUUCGAGUAUCUGCUUGGCAAUGGACCCACCCAGCCCGCCAUGGCUGUGAUCAAGUGGGAUAUUACCAUGAUGCUGUGCAACCUGAUCAUGGUUGUUGACCCUGGCACCCCAAAUGCCUUGUUGCUGCGUGUGAUUCUCACCCCGGAGUUCGCCUGGUUCGGUGUCCACUGGGCUGGAGCCGAGCAGUCUGUCCCCUUGGAGUCCUACCUCGAAAACCUCAUCAGUAUCAUGGACAAUCGUCCGCUUAUCGCAGAGGCCAUUCAACACAAGCAUCUCGGAUUCAAUGGGCCAUGGGAGGCACUGGUCGCAGCUUUGGCUGAACAUUUCAAUGUCAAUGCUAACUCCUUGGCGGAUCAUGGAGAGGCCUCGGAGAACAACACCGUUGAUGCUGAUGUCACCAUGGAGGAGGCUAGUGACCAUGGGUCUGAUGCCAUGGUUUCAUGCCCCAGCUUUCCCAAGGAAAUGGAGAUUGACACAGUCGAGAUUCGCCCAGCCAGAGCAACAGCGAGGCAACAGCCUCUGGCCAAGACGCAGCCCAUUGACACCAUGCACCCCGCGCGUCGGGCUACCCUCAAUCAUCCAUUCGAUUAUGUCCCUCCCCGCCUCAAUCACCCAUUCGAUUAUGGGCCUCCCCGCGGCACACACAUUGAGUCUUCCCCGAGCCCUGACUACGAGGUGCCUCCCCGGCGCAACGGGCGCAUGUACCGUUAG